GUGUCAGCCCAAACACCGGACACGCAACGAACAACGGAAUCGGGCGAGAUCACAGCUGCGCUUUACGCAGUGAAGACGGCCCCCAUCGACGCACCCCUGCACCUAAUAGGCGAAACGAACGCACUAAGCGACAACCUGGUGAAAGACCUUCAGAAGUGGGAGAAUCGCGGGUGGAUAGAGGUCCCAAACGCCCCACUGCUGCGAGCCGUCACGGCAACUAUACGAAAACGAUGCGCAGUAACAACCUUCAGUAAAGCGGCAACAGAGGACGACUGGAAGCAAAUGGAAAAAGCCCGGGACAAAGCAAAGGCCGCACGGCAGGGAACACAGCCCGACGCGAUCGAGACCCAGAUAGACCCAGUGUUCAACGUAUCCGGAGCAAGACUCGACCUGAUGACGCAGAGAUUAGCAUAUCGGGGAAUACGUGAAAGAAAACAGACAACGGAACGCCGAGGCACUGCAGCGAACAUCAGCAAGAUAAAGAACAGCCUAAGAGAGCGGACAGGGGAAGAACACCAUGAAGCCGACAUCUGGCGAAGCAUACGGUCAAAAGACAUAAGAAGACAAGUCGGAGACUUCCUGUGGAAAAGCAUCCACGAGGCCCAUAGGUGCGGCACCUACUGGAAAAAGAUCCCAGGAUAUGAGGACCGGGGCACGUGCAGAACGUGCGGCACGACAGACACCCUGGAGCACAUACUGACAGAGUGCCGAGCACCCGGGAGGCGUGAGAUAUGGCGCCUGGCGAAGGAAUUAUGGAAGAAAAAAGACAAGACCGGAGCCUGGACCCCAAUAAAGAUAGAGGACGUACUAGGAGCAGGACUGAGGACGUGGCGGAAUGCUAAAAACAAACGGCGACCCUACGCGGAAAGACUAUGGAGGAUAUUAGUGACUGAGUCCGCCUACCUUAUAUGGAAGCUAAGAUGCGAGAGGGUAAUAGGCCAUGGUGAAGACGAGAACUGGACGCACCCGGCAAGAGCGAUCCGGGCAAGAUGGGUACACGCUAUAAACGAGAGGCUCCGCCUAGACAUCGCCAUGACGCACCGUCGUUUCGGACGGAUGGCCCUAAGCACUGACCUUGUGCUAGGAACCUGGAACGGCACGCUAAGAGAUGAAAGCGCGUUCCCCGAUGACUGGACACAAUGCAACUGGGUUUUAGUGGGUAUUGACCCCAAAGACCGCGAACAGCGGGACGCGGGGUAA